GCCAAACUUCAUCGGCAGUUGAGUCAGGACGAUGGCAAACUACGAGGCCGGGGGAGCCUGGCCACAGCCUUGUCUUUGUCAGGCAAGCAGCUGCUGCCAUUGUCCAGUGGAGGGCUCAGUGGCAUGGGACAGCCAGCCUGGCAGUGCUCAGGGGAAGCCUCCAACCUGGUCCGCAUGAGAAACCAGUCCCUGGGGCAGUCGGCUCCAUCGUUGACAGCUGGCCUGAAGGAGCUGAGCCUUCCGAGAAGAGGCAGCUUAAUCUCUUCUCUUGGUCGAGGAAACAGUGAUGUCCAUCCGCGCUUACCGUCUUCGGCAUCGGCGCCUGCCCUGUGCCACCCCCAGCUUCCUCUCAGUGCUGACGGGGCCCUUGCCACAGCUCCUCCGUUCUUUUUCCUGAACUUGCCAGCCCAGACUGGAAGCUGCUACCCAUUCCUGUGGAGUUGUAGGACGAGCAACCGAAAGAGCCUGAUUGUUCCAUCCAGCACAUCCCCGACCCUGCCCCGGCCCCACUCACCGCUCCAUGGCCACCCAGGUGGGAGUCCUCUGGACAGCCCCCGGAAUUUCUCUCCCAAUGCUCCAGCCCCACAUUUUUCCUUCGUUCCUGCCCGCAGCAGCCAUGGACACAGAGCAGACAGGACGGAUGGACGGCGCUGGUCCUUGGCCUCUCUUCCUUCCUCUGGCUAUGGCACCAACACCCCUAGCUCUACUGUCUCCUCAUCCUGCUCCUCCCAAGAGAAGCUGCACCAGCUGCCCUUCCAGCCCACGGCAGACGAGCUGCACUUCCUGACGAAGCAUUUCAGCAGCGAAAGCGUCCCAGACGAGGAGGGCCGCCAGUCGCCAGCCAUGAGGCCCCGCUCACGCAGCCUCAGCCCUGGCCGUUCCCCAGUCUCCUUUGACAGUGAAAUAAUAAUGAUGAAUCAUGUGUACAAAGAAAGAUUCCCCAAGGCCACGGCGCAGAUGGAGGAACGGCUGGCGGAGUGUAUUGCCUCGAAUGCAGCUGAGAACGUGUUGCCCUUGGCGGACGGGGCCCUGAGCUUCAUCCACCACCAGGUCAUUGAGCUGGCCCGGGACUGCCUGGACAAGUCCCGCGAUGGGCUCAUUACCUCCCGCUACUUCUAUGAGCUUCAGGAGAAUUUAGAGAAGCUUCUACAAGACGCCCACGAGCGGUCAGAGAGCACAGAGGUGGCCUUCGUGACCCAGCUGGUGAAGAAACUGAUGAUCAUUGUGGCCCGGCCUGCCCGGCUCCUGGAGUGCCUGGAGUUUGACCCUGAGGAGUUUUACCAUCUGCUGGAGGCUGCCGAAGGGCAUGCCAAGGAGGGCCAGGGGAUCAAAUGUGACAUCCCGCGCUACAUCAUCAGCCAGCUGGGCCUCACGCGGGAUCCCUUGGAAGAAAUGGCCCAGCUGAACAGCUACGACAGCCCAGACACUCCUGAGACAGAUGACUCAGUUGAGGGCCGAGGGGCUGUUUUGCAGCCCAAGAAGACGCCGUCCGAGGAUGAAUUUGAGACAAUCAAGCUGAUCAGCAAUGGCGCCUACGGGGCUGUAUUCCUGGUACGCCACAGGUCCACCCGCCAGCGCUUUGCCAUGAAGAAGGUCAACAAGCAAAACCUCAUCCUGCGCAACCAGAUCCAGCAGGCGUUCGUGGAGCGCGACAUCCUCACCUUUGCCGAGAACCCCUUUGUCGUCAGCAUGUUCUGCUCCUUCGAGACCAGGCGCCACCUGUGCAUGGUCAUGGAGUACGUGGAAGGGGGUGACUGUGCCACACUGCUGAAGAACAUCGGGGCCCUGCCCGUCGACAUGGCACGCAUGUACUUUGCCGAGACUGUGCUGGCGUUGGAAUAUCUGCACAACUAUGGCAUUGUGCACCGGGACCUCAAGCCUGACAACCUCCUGAUAACAUCCAUGGGUCACAUCAAACUGACCGACUUUGGGCUCUCCAAAAUAGGCCUCAUGAGCCUGACCACAAACCUGUAUGAGGGCCACAUUGAGAAGGAUGCCCGGGAGUUCCUGGACAAGCAGGUGUGUGGGACCCCUGAGUACAUCGCUCCUGAGGUGAUCCUGAGGCAAGGCUAUGGGAAGCCAGUGGACUGGUGGGCCAUGGGCAUCAUCCUUUAUGAAUUCCUCGUGGGCUGUGUCCCUUUCUUCGGGGACACUCCAGAGGAGCUGUUUGGACAAGUGAUCAGUGAUGAGAUUGCGUGGCCUGAGGGUGACGACGCCCUCCCUCCUGAUGCCCAGGACCUCACCUCCAAGCUGCUGCACCAGAACCCUUUGGAGAGGAUGGGCACAGGCAGCGCCAGCGAGGUGAGGCAGCAUCGUUUCUUCAAGGACCUGGACUGGACGGGCCUGCUGCGUCAGAAGGCCGAGUUCAUUCCACAGCUGGAGUCUGAGGACGACACGAGCUACUUUGACACUCGCUCAGAACGUUACCGACAUGUGGAUUCAGAGGAUGAAGAUGAUGCCAACGAUGAUGACCAUGUGGAAAUCCGUCAGUUCUCUUCAUGCUCCCCGAGGUUUAGCAAGGUGUCCAGCAGCCUAGAGAGACUCUCCCUGCUGGAGGAGCGCAGGACCCCGCCCCCCACCAAGCGCAGCCUCAGUGAGGAGAAGGACGACAAGCUGGACGGUCUCAGUGGCCUCAAGGGCAAAGGCUGGGUGAUCGGCUCCCCUGAAAUAUUGCGGAAGCGACUGUCAGUGUCUGAAUCCUCCCACACGGAGAGCGACUCCAGCCCCCCUCUUGGGGUGCGGCGGCGCUGUUCAGGGGCGCUGGAUGCGCCCCGCUUCCCAGACGCAUCUGACGAGGCAGGCAGCAGCCCUCAGCAGAGCCAGCAGCUGACAGAGGGCACAGCUUUCCUGACUCCACAGCCCAGAGAGGGAGGGCCCGGAUCCGCUCCCGAGCAGCUGGGAGAGCGCAAAGGCCAGGGGGACAAGGAGCCAGGUGGGAGUCCUGUGAGUGUGUGUGCCCAGCAAGGCCGCUGGGACAGCCACGAGGGCCUGGAGAGCUCCACGCCUAAGGCCAUCAGCGACCUGGCUGUGCGGCGGGCACGUCACCGGCUGCUGUCCGGGGAGUCUGGAGACAAGCGCACGCCCAGGCCCGCCAACAAAGUCAUCAAGUCGGCCUCAGCCACCGCCCUGUCCCUUCUCAUCCCCUCAGGUGAGGGCAAUCCAGGGCCCGGGGCCAGCCCAGACCACCAUGGAUGCUCCCCCUUGGCCAGCCCAAUGUCCCCCCACUCCCAGUCAUCCAAUCCCUCGUCCCGGGACUCAUCCCCAAGCAGAGACUUCUCUCCGGCCAUCAGCAGCCUGAAGCCACCCAUUGUCAUUCACCGAGCUGCCAAGAAGUACGGCUUCACCCUGCGAGCCAUCCGGGUCUACAUGGGGGACACCGACGUUUACACCGUGCAGCAUGUGGUCUGGCACGUGGAGGACGGGGGCCCGGCCAGCGAGGCAGGACUGCGGGAGGGCGAUCUCAUCACGCAUGUCAACGGCGAACCUGUGCAUGGGCUGGUGCACACUGAGGUGGUGGAGUUGAUCCUCAAGAGCGGGAGCAAGGUCUCCAUCUCAACAACGCCCUUUGAGAACACAUCGAUCAGAGUGGGCCCCGCACGCAAGGGCAGCCACAGGUCCAAGAUGGCCCGAAGAGACAGGAAGAGCAGGGCCAAGGACGGGCCUGAGAGCAGGAAGAGGGGCUCCCUGUUUCGGAAGAUCACCAAGCAGGCGUCCUUGCUGCACACAAGCCGCAGCCUGUCAUCGCUCAGCCGCUCUCUGUCCUCUGGAGAGAGUGGGCCUGGCUCCCCAACGCACGGUCAUGGCCAUAGCCACAGCCUGGCCCCACGCUCUCCAACCCAGGGCUACCGAGGGGCCCCUGAAGUCUCGCAUUCAGGUGGAAAUUCCUCCCAAAGCAGCUCGCCCAGCUCCAGCGUGCCCAACUCUCCGGCUAGCUCUGGCCACAUCCGCCCCAGCUCCCUGCAUGGCUUGGCCCCUAAGCUGCAGCGGCAGUACCGCUCGCCCCGGCGCAAAUCGGCAGGCAGCAUCCCCCUGUCCCCCCUGGCACACACUCCGUCGCCCACCCCUCAGGCCACAUCUCCCCAGCGCUCCCCGUCUCCUCUGCCUGGCCAUGCCCUGGCCAGCAGCCCUGCAGCCUUCCCAGGAAAGCUGCACUCCUCACCACCCUUGGGCCGGCAGAUCUCAAGGCCCAAAAGUGCCGAGCCGCCACGCUCCCCACUCCUAAAGAGGGUCCAGUCGGCCGAGAAGCUGGGGGCGGCCCUGGGGGCGUCAGAGAAGAAGUUGUCUGCCUCGCGCAAGCCUAACCUGGACCUGACUCCCUGUGAGGUCAAGAAGGAGCUGGUGCUGCCCAGUGACCCAGGGGACAAGGCCCCGCUGCCCAAGGCAGCCUCUCGCAGCCUGGGCACCAUCCGGCACGACCGAGCCGAGCGCCGGGAGGCCCUGCAGAAGCAGGAGGCCAUCCGCGAGGUGGACUCCUCUGAGGACGAGGAGGACACGGAUGAUGAUGGCUCUGAGAACAGCCAGGAUGGACAAGGCCAGGGGCCUCGCCGGGCCCCAGAGAGUGCCAAAGAAAACCCUCGUGAGCCCCGGGACCCGUGGGACAGGGCUCGGCCACCCCCAGCCACCCCCGGCACCCCGAUGAGGACACUGGCUGAUGAAGCUGCCUCGGGCACCGUGACACAGCUGGUGUCUGACAAGCAGGCCCCAGGGGCCAAGGCAGCCCUGAGUUCCCCUGGUGCCCAGGACUCUCCUCAGGGCUCCUCGAGUUCUGAGGGUCCUUGGGGUGCAACCUCCACAGAGCCCGCACCCCCCCAGGCCUGUCCUGAGCCAGCACUUGCAGCACUUUGUCCUUGGCCAUCAGGACUUCCCCUCCCCUGCCCCGGGCCACACCCGAUGCAAGCCCCUGGGAGCAGCUCAGGCCCAAUCCAGCUCUGGCCUCUGCCCCUGCAGGUGCCCACCCUGCCUGAGGGUGGGCACAGCUGGGACACAGUCUCGUCCCAGGCCACCCUGAGCCUGCAGCCUGGGUCCAAGCUAGAGGGGCCCUCCAAGCCCAGCCAGCCCCAGACCACACAGCUCACCAGCCCUUCCCAGCCCCUGGCCUAUAUCACCCCUAGCCUCGGCCCUGCCCCUUGCCCACCUUGGGAGCCCAAGUGCUCCUGGGCAGAGGAGGAGGAACUGGCUUUGAGUAGCACCAAGGUGGCUGAUGCUGCCGGUGACAGCAAGCAGGCCCCCCAAUGCAAAGGGCAUCUGCAGCCUGCUGGGCGUGAGGAGACUUUGCCACCGAGAGCCUUGCACGAACCCCAUGACUGUGCCCUGGUGCAUGAUGACCUCCUGAGAAGAACGUAGCUGCCGGGCCCGGGGCCCCAGUCCCUCCCGCCUGUGUAAUAUAUGCUCAUGGAAACGACUGGUGUGCCGCUAUCUCUGUGGGGAGCAGGGAGAACAGGGGACCCUGGCAGCAGGCCGUGCCCAGUGCUGGGCCUCUGCCCCUGCUGGAGCCCCCCAAAGCAUCCAUCUGCGCUAGUCUCGACUGUCAUUCAUACACGGUCACCAGGGCCAGGCUUGUGGUUGCAGUCUUGUCCACCUCGAGGCUCUACAGCACACAGCACUAGCAGCCAUGGGCAGUGAGAGGGUGGCCUGGGGAUCCCGCCCCAAGUGGAUGGAGGCAGGGAGGGCAACAGCUUCUUGGGGGGCCGGAGCUCCAGGACGCCUCAGCCCUCCCCCUCCUCUCCCAUAUCCCAAGGGCCUGUUCCUCGGAGCUGCAAGCACUUGGAUAGGGGAAGAAGGGUUUCCCUGACUCCCGUUUGUCUCUCAGGGUGAGCCUGGGCUCUCUGAGCCUUGAGGGAGUGUAACUGAAGGAUGGUGCAGUAGGGUCUGAGCUCCCGGGCUGUCUUAGCAAGAGUGGAUGUUGGAGGCGAGGCCGGGGGCAGGGGGGAAGGGAGGUGUUCUGGACUGAAGCAAAAGCUGCAUUCGAGAAGUUGUUCUCUAGGAAGAGCAGUGAAGAGAUUAGGCAUCAGUAGGGGCUCUUCUGGGCGACCCCUGGGUUUCAGGGAUUAAGUAAGGCCCCUUCUUGCUGGUGCAGUAAUCUGCUGUGUGUCCUGGGUGGUGAUGCUCAGGCCCAGCUCUCUGGCCCCUCAGGCUGCCCACUGAGCCCCGGCCCCUUCAUCCACCUGCCUGUGGCUGUGCAAACUCUUCUGUGAAAUAUAUGUAUUUUUUAAAUAUGGAAGCAAGCAAAGCUUCACAUGGCCCUCGUGCUUAUGCUUAGGAGAUGGAAAAGGCUGGGGUGGGGGGCAGCGGAGGAAGUGAGGCCUUGGGGCCUUCGGAAUCAGCAGCCCAGAGUAACCAGAACUAGCUUCCUAGGAGUCCUGGAAUGGUCCUGGGUUGGCUGAAAGGCAGGACCAUGAAUCACACCACCUUGAGGCUGAGGUUAAGCGACAUGGGGAAAUCUGACCUUGAACUCUGGGACACCAGAGGGUGGGGAAUAUGUUUUAGUGGUGUGGGGAGGGUGCCUGAUGAUCCCCAGAGUUUUCCUAGGGCCUUUAGAAGCGUUACUCAGGAGGGGGGAGGGCUGCUACACACAUGAAGUGCCUGGCAAGGGCAGGGCACCGGGGAAAGGUAGAAAGCUAUGAUGAGACCUGCCCCAACAGAGCAUACAGGUUAGGAGCAGUCAGACCCAGGUAAGCAUGGAGCACACCAGGGCAUGAUCGCUGGGGCCACCCCAGGGAUGCCACCUGCCCCACCCCCACCCUAGCCCUCCCUUGGCCUCACCCCAGGGAAGUUCCCUGACAAUCAGAAGGAUUUCAAGAGAAGCGUCUGUUGUGAUCCUUUAGCCACUGGGCCAUCCAGGGCUGUUCUUGGCCCUGUCUCACGCAUUCUGUGUGCUGCAGCCCCCCAUGCCCCCGCUCCCCACCGUGCACCUCUACAUUCUCCUCCAUUCCACUUCUGAGACCGUUGUGUGACUUGUUGCCAGGUGCACUGCCAGAAGAGAAAAGCAAAAUGGAGUGCAUAAAAGGACUUUGCAAUCCCCCAAAGCAUCCGGCCCUUUCUCUUCCUCUUUCCUUUUCCCUGUCUUUCUGGGCCCAGCAGAAUUUUAGCAUCUGCUCGAGACGUGCAGAUGGAUGAGCACAUCCCAGUCUGGGCAACAAGCUUACUGUGCUUGGUCUGUCCCAUGUGGAUGGUGAGGCCCCACCCUGGAGUGACUGCAGGGUUGGGGUGGGAGCUUCAGCCGCGAUCUAGGGAAGGAUGCCACCCACAGUCAGGCAGGCAGGCUGCAGUCUCCCAUGACUCCCUCGAUAUUAACAAUCAGGGUCAUCCAACAGGGUUGUUCCUGUUCGAACCUUCAAGGGUUCUUGAGGGGCCAUUUGCAAAAUGGCCCUUGGCUCUAACGCCUUCUUUAUCCAGAUGCUCAGUGGGCUUGUGACUUGCCCCAUUGUUACAGCUGACAACUGUCUGAGGCAGGUGGUGAGCUCACGGCUCCCUAAUACCAAGCCAGGGCCUCUGUCUGCUAUGCCAUGUUGCCUUUUUUCCUUUGUGCCAGGCGCUGUGCAAAGGGCUGGGGAUUCAGAGAGAGAAGUGAAGCUGUUAAUGCUCUCAAGGGGGCUCCCAUUCAAAUGGAGAAGACAGCGUAUUUAGACAAAGUUCAAGGAUUUUAGGGAGCUGCAACACUAGUGUCUUUGGCCAGGAGUGAGGGUGGGGUGGUAGGAAGAGUUUCUCUUAGAAGAUGGUGCUUGAAUAUUGAAGAAAGGGAUUUCGGAAAGGAAGAGGGAGGGAACUCCAGGCAUAGGGGACAGCCUGUGCAAAAGCGUGGAGACUGGACAGUAAUUGGCACCGGAGGGUCUUAGAUUUUCCGCAACUUUCAGCCAGAUGGCAAAGGGGAGGGGGAAAGGCUGGUUGGAAGCCUGUCUGCUCCUCUUUGAGCCCUUAGUGAUCAAAGGUGUUCUCCAGCCCGAAGGUGGAAAACUAGACGUGCACUUGGGUGUCUUAAUAAUCACUUAGUUGUCUUUUUCAGUAAUAAUACUUGAGAUUGGGGCAGCUAGGUGGUGCAGUGAAUAGAGCACCAGCUCUGGAGUCAGGAGGACCUGAGUUCAAAUGCAGCCUCAGAUACUAGCUGUGUGACCCUGGGCAAGUUGCUUAACCCCAAUUGCCUCCAAAAAAUAAUACUUGAGAUUGUGUAUCCUCUGCUGCUACCUUUGGUGUUUCCUCAAGAUCUCUGGAGAAUUGAUCUCUCCUCACCUCUCAACUUCUAUGCCCGUGGGAUUUGAUCUAGCCAUUCUCUGUUUUCUCUAUUGUCGCUUGACACAGUCCGUGGGGACCGUGAAGCCAGAGUCUGUAUAUGGUGUGUCCACCAUGCUUGAUCGAGGAAGAUGUUUCCUGGCACUGAGCCAGGAGCCAUUGUAGGCUCCAGGAGACGCUUCAGGCAGGACCAGAGCCUGGGGCCAGCCAUCAGGCUAAAGUGAGUCCAUGGCUCAUGGGGACAGAGCAGGAGAAAUGGCGGUGUUUGUCCUCCAUUUCUGAGUCUUCCACUCAAUGGCCUGCUAAGUUCUUCAAGCACGUGGUUCCCCAUGAGAGGUUUGGGUCCCAUUCUUGGGCCGGUGGUGACAGCCAGGACUGAGGGAAAGCAUGUUCCUCAGAUCCUGACCAUAGUAGCAGUGCAUCGAGGGUUGGCACUCGGGAGGGAAUCAUAGCGUGCUUCCUUCCUAAAGCAUUACCCAGCUUCCUCUUUGCCAGGUACUGUGCUAACUAAAGACAAAAGCAGGACAGUCCCUGCCUUCUCCGAGUUUAUUUUCUAAGCUCCUUAAAAUGAUAGAAUCCUUUUAUCUCAUUUGUCAAGCACUGUGUGAAGUUGUUUCCUGGGCCUGAAGGUCCGUAGGACAUGCCCAUGCCCUUAAGCAUGCCUCCUUGUAAGAUCUUGGUGGUAUUGCCCCAAGCUGGGCCCCAGAAAGAGUUGCCAAACCCAGAACGCUGGUUUUCCCUUUUCUCCCCUGUCUCGGUGGUCUCCUGCUCCUAAGCUGUCAUUUUUGUAUGGUGAUAGUAGCUUAAUAUAUAAUUAGAUUACCCCUCAGAGCAAGCCAGAUGGGUGGCUAGGGUUCUGGCCUGGUUCUACAGAAUAGCUUGGAAUCCCAAUAGUGUGUAAAUUCCUCAAAAAAAGCUGUGAUUAUAAGACUCCCAGUGGAACCCCAUCUAUGCUCUCCCCAAUGAGUGUGUGGGCGGGGACUUCAGAGAGAAGUGCAGGGCCCUCUGUGGAUUUGUGUAUGUUCAAAUAAAUGUGUUUUACUUGUAAA